CUGCUGUGUGAAGAUUGGAGAAGACAUCUAGCGUUGGUGGCAGAUGUGAGUUGAGAAUCAAAUCGAGGCAGUAGAAAUAGGCCUACGAAACCUGAUCCAUAACAACAAAGGACGACGAAAAUGAGUCAAAGAUUAAUAAUAAAGGAAGUUCAAAGAACGCCAAGAAAUCGCAGAAUUUUCAGAGCUAUAGCAAGAGAUAAUAGUGGAGAAUCUUUAGAGCCUGCAGAAGAUGAGCAAAUGUUUUUUGGUUAUGGUGGUGGCAAUGCUACAGAAAAAAAUAUUCAUGCCAUCGCAAGCAUCCAUUUGGCACACCCAACUUGCCCAGAAAGCGACAAAGCUUACUACCAUUGGGUCACGUUCAUGUUUGUCAAGAAAGACUUUCAGUGCAUGGGUCUUGGCUCUGAACUACUAGAUUUUCUGCAGAACUAUGCCUGGAAGUUUAAAUCCCACCCUAUACGGGUGAAUGCCGCGCGAAAAUCUAUUGGUUUUUUUCUAAAGAACGGUUUCAAUGAAAUGGGCCCACAAUCUGAAUGCCUUUGCCCUGGUGGCGGGAUUUUCCAUUUUUUGCAACUGAUGGAAAAAGCACCACCAUCCAAUAUGGUGGAAUUAUGGGAGUGAAAUGAGGAGUGUUGGUCGAUGGACCGCAAAGGAAGCAUCGCUGCUGUUCGCAUUGGCCCUGUAGCUGCAGAAAAAUUGGCCUAGUCAGCUAAAAAUAUGCUGUAUCUGAUGAAACCUUUUUUGGUUUGCAAGCGAUAUAAUUUUCAUUCGAUGCAUGCAUUCCUUGUUUCCUGAGAAAAACAUGGUUAUGCCAGAGGCUUUUAUGGCUCACAAUAAAAGAUAUUGCAUUCAGCUGUAAGGCAAAAGCCUCGGUAAAUAACCAACGAUCAAUUGAUACCUUGAAAGAUCAACGUUGUGUCCGUUUAAAAUUUGAAUUCUGCGUGGUGCGAAAUUGGAACUUUUGAUUUUUUUGAAUGCAACCUCGAAUAAUUCCCGAUGUGUACAAAAUGAGAAAGCAAUAAGCUUUGCAUCUGAUGUGUUUUCAGUCAUCGUAUGGCUUCGUGUGUACGUACGUCUGGUAUUAACUACGAAUUUUGAGACACACGGGAUGACGUUAUACUUAAUAUCAUGCCUGAAAUGGGUAUGCUGCGGCGCAAAGACCGCAAAAGGAAGAAACUCUCCGCAUGGUGUGGAAUGGCUCAUAAACUAAGUUCCUCGCAUAAGCAGCCAGCCUUCUGAAUCCUUAGAAAUUGGUAAAAAAGGAGAUUGGGGUAGCAAAGAUUGGAUAGAUGUUUUGAGAAAAUCAAUGUCCUAGAUGUUCCCAACAUGGGUGCCUUUUUUCGAUAAAACUGGACCUGCGUUGAAGACGUGUUCUUAAAACUGCAGGUGUCGUCACAGUGCGUUGCUCCUUCUGCCAACAUUCUAUAUCAAUGCUUUAUGCAGAUGUGCAUGCUUAAAACCUCGAACCACUUACCUGGUUU